AUGACACGAUCUGUCCGGGGAGUUACCACUUCUGUACGUCUUGCGAAAGAAUUGCUAUCUAUUGCAUUGGCUUCUGCUUCAGCUGCCACGUUUUUUCUUCCAUUGAAUUUGCGACGUGCUAAGACUUAUACUCUAUUUGAGAAAAAAUUUCGGUGGACCUGCUUUAUUUUGACGUCGAUUACUGUAGUUAUAGUGCAUAUCUUUAUUCACAUAACGAUAUCGAGUCGUCAUCGUCAGACACAGGAAAUCAUGUUGAUCAUAUUCCGCUUGGUGUCUGACACUAUCCUCUUUACUUUUGGUUGUGGAGUUUUAAUGACACCAAUUUGUAGAUUUGCGCAGUGUUUUCCGAGCUUAAAAGGGUUCUAUAAGACUCAUUUUUUUGUUCUUGAUAAUGUACUGCGGCGAAAAUUACCUUUUCUAAUUACAAUAAUUACUAUUGUGCUUAUUAUGCUCAUGUCGUUUACACCAACUUAUCUUCCAGGGGAUACAAAACGUCUCCUGGAAGUUGGUAUGUUGGGGGAUAUAAUAGAUUUUUGUGGUCUUGAGGGUAUGGUACUUUCCCCGAAAGCAGCAAGAGGAUGGGUAUUAACAGAAUACACCCCUAAAAGAAUAUUAAGUAUGUUUCCCGGGGCUGAUAACUGUGGAACAAACAAGAUUUCUUUUCUUGAUGAAGAAGAAGGUAUUCUAAUCGUAUCCCCUACAUGCCCUGGUAAUGGUGAGCGGCCUAUUGUUUAUCUUGAACGUCCAGAGCGAAGUGAGCUCAGUGGUGGUCCAGAAGUUCUUCCCAAGGUACUUGAAAAUAGUAACAAAUGGCAUCAAAUGCUAGAAAAACGUUACGGUACCAACGAGAAAGUUCAUAACUCUAUGGGUGUUCAGGUUAACCGCGACACCACAGGUAUUAUUCUUUCUGUUGAACUACUUCCAUCACGUUUAAAUAUGGUUUUAAGGGAGCCAAGAAGCAUAGAGGAACGAAAUAUUCGUGAAAGUUGGACGUUAAAAUCAGUAUGGGAAGUUCCCUUAAAUGAAAGUGUCGCUUACACAGUGUACUGUCCUUCCCUAGACUAUGAGGAAUACCACAUGUUUCCACCACUUAGACGAAAUGUUAAGUCUAAAGGAAAUGCAAGAACACUUGGUGAUGGUUAUGAUGGUACCCGAAAGCCUCCGGCUAACGUUCUUAUGUUGGUACUUGAUGCGGUAAGCCGUCAGGAGGUACUUCGUUCCUUACCAAAGUUCAGCAAUUGGCUUUACCAGUUCCGUAAAAAUGCCUCAAGUGAACAUAUUUUCAUAGAGGCGCAGGGAGCCACAACAUUAGGUCACAGUACAGAGGCAAAUCUUGUACCACUUUUUACAGGUUUUUUUUCAGAACUUGAACCAGAACGAGGAAAAAAAGAUCGAUUGAAUACUAGUCUAUUUCGAUUGGCAAAAAAAUCAUAUGGUGAUUUUUUUACUACUUCCUAUACAACGGGAGGUUGCUUAGACUUAAUCAAUGAAAUAAUGGAAGAUCAGAUAUUUGGUGCCGGUUUUGGAGAAUCCUACGGAGAAGAUCUUGAUCACUAUACUUUUGGUCCUUUCUGCCAUACUCAAUAUUCUGCCCUUGAAGGUAAUUUUCAAGGGGCUAACAGCAUAUUGAAACGUUGCAUAGGACAGCGACAUGUCCAUGAAUAUGUUUUGAAUUAUACACGUUCACUUGUGAAUAUGCAGAUGCGAAAUCGAAAACAGUGGAAAAAAAGUAACUAUUCCAUGGACGAUUUUCAACAUUCAGAUGGUGAGACUUCUUCCUUUUUUCAUGUAUCGCAUCUUGUUGAAGGUCAUGAAGGGACUCAUGGGGUUUUGUACCUUAUUGAUGACGCCCUCACUGCAUUUCUUGAAGACCUACGAAUAAAAUUACGUUUUUUUGACGAUCCAUCAAAUGUACUUAUACUACUUUCUGAUCAUGGCAAUCAUAUGGGACACUAUUACGAAUUAACUGCUCCAGGAAAACUGGAGCGGGCUUUGCCAUUUGUUGGAAUGAUUCUUCACCCUGAGGUCUUUUCUCGCAUUGAUCAGCUCAAAGGUCGCCAAGGAGGAUUAUCUAGGAAAAAUAUGAUGCAACGGACGCGUCGUAUAUCCACUCAUUUGGAUCUUUACAUGACCAUUGCCGAUUUAUUGGGUGUGGAGGGAAUGCCUCAUCACACGACAAAAGAAUCUCUGGUUCCACCAUCCUCUUUUUUUGAAGCACGUACGAAUAGUUUUAACAUAACAAAAUGUGAAGAUAUUUCCGCGCUUCCAAGUAAAGAAUCAGGUUGUUAUCUUGCAUGGUGUGAAACACAAUAA